AUGGAUUUCCACAGCCUUACCAGAACAGAGCUUCAAUCUCUCUGCAAACUGAACAAGAUCCCUGAUAACAUCACCAAUGUCGCCAUGGUUGAUGCUCUCCAAUCUCUCGAUGUCGAUUAUGUCCCAACGGUAUUUGAUAAUUUCAGUGCCAAUGUGGUUGUCAAUGGCGACACGCAAACAGGACAGGAGGAUUAUAACAGAUUAAGACCGUUAAGUUAUCAUGGGGCCAAUGUUUUCAUUUUGGCGUUCUCUCUCAUUAGCAAAGCCAGCUAUGAAAACGUCUCCAAGAAGUGGAUUCCAGAAUUGAAGCAUUACGCCCCUGGUGUCCCAAUCGUUCUUGUUGGGACGAAACUCGGUGAGUCAUUUUUUCGGCCAUAA